GGCAAGGAGGCCACGCGUACCUGCAGGAAUGGCUUUGGUGGGCCGGGCUGCUGUGCAUGGGAGUUGGAGAAGCGGCAAAUUUUGCUGCCUAUGCCUUUGCCCCUGCAACGCUAGUAACUCCACUGGGUGCUCUAAGUGUCCUUGUUAGUGCAGUUCUGUCUUCCACAUUCCUGAGUGAGCAGCUGAAUGUUCAUGGGAAGAUUGGCUGCAUCCUCAGUAUCCUGGGCUCCACAGUGAUGGUGAUCCAUGCUCCCCAGGAAGAAGAGGUUUCCAGCCUGGAGUCAAUGGCAGAGAAGCUGAAAGAUCCAGGAUUCAUUGUAUUUGCUGUGUGUGUCCUGGUGAGCUCCCUUCUGCUCAUCUUUGUGGCUGGACCCCGUUACGGACAGAGCAACGUCCUGGUUUAUGUUCUGGUCUGCUCUGCCAUCGGCUCGCUUUCCGUGUCCUGUGUCAAAGGCUUGGGGAUUGCCCUGAAAGAACUCUUUUCUGGGAAGCCAGUCCUGAAGGAACCACUGGGCUGGGUGCUCCUGGUGUGCCUGGUGAUCUGCAUCAGCGUCCAGAUCAACUACCUGAACAAAGCCCUGGACAUCUUCAACACAUCCGUGGUCACCCCCAUCUACUACGUGCUGUUCACCACGGCAGUCAUGAUGUGCUCUGCCAUCCUCUUCAAGGAGUGGCAGCACAUGGUGCUAGCCAACAUCAUCGGCACCAUCAGCGGCUUCCUCACCAUCGUGUCCGGCAUCUUCCUCCUGCACGCCUUCAGGGACAUGCCCUUCCCCCCCGACCUCCUGCCCCUCUUCCUGCAGCAGGGCAGGGCAGACCUGCAUGCCUCGUGGAGGAGCGUGGACAGACAUCAGUCGUACCAGCACCAGCCUCUCCUCCCCUCGGAGGACAAAGGCUUUCAGAGCACACAGGAGGAAGAGGAGGAGGAAGGUGAAAGCGUGUGA